GUUGAGAAAUGUGGCUCUUUGCAGAAGACAACGUAAGCAAGCUGAACUAGGUUAUUGGCGACCGUUUCACUUCUUGUUCUGUUCAGUUUCCCGUUGACUUCCUCGGCUAAAGCACGCGCAAAGGCAACUUAUGGGAGUGAGAAAAGAAGACGAAGAACCUCUAUUAGUGUCGGGCCCACAACAAAAUGAACAAGAAGAAGAAGAAGAGCAAGAGCGACGUAGAGAAGGAAAUGCAGGGGAUCUGGUCAGACAAACAUGGUUGGAGUCGAAGAAGAUGUGGGCGAUUGCGGGGCCCUCUAUUUUUAGCAGGCUGGCAAUGUUCUCCAUGACCGUCAUAACACAGUCGUUCGCUGGCCACCUUAGUGACCUUGACCUCGCCGCAAUCUCCAUAGCCUCCACCGUCAUCAUAGCUUUCACUUUCGGCUUCUUGCUGGGCAUGGCUAGCGCGCUCGAGACGCUCUGUGGCCAAGCUUACGGAGCCGGACAGUACCACAUGUUGGGUAUCUACCUUCAGCGUUCUUGGAUUGUUCUGUUUCUAUUUUCGCUUCUGCUACUGCCCAUGUUCGUGUUUGCUACGCCCAUACUAAAGCUUCUCGGGCAGUCCGAUGCGGUGGCGGAGGAGUCGGGGGUGGUGGCAAUGUGGCUUAUUCCGAUGCACCUGAGCUUCCCAUUUCAGUUCACAUUGCAGAGGUUCUUGCAGUGCCAGCUAAAGACGGGGGUUAUAGCUUGGAUCUCAGGGGGGACUCUUGCAGUCCACGUGUUUGUGAGUUGGCUUUUUGUAUAUAAGCUGAGCGUGGGGAUUGUUGGGACUGCUCUUACUCUUGAUUUCUCGUGGUGGCUGUCUGCUUUGGGGCUUUUUGGUUACGCUGUAUGUGGAGGAUGUCCUCAUUCUUGGACUGGUUUUUCAGCUCAAGGUUUGAGUGGGCUCUGGGAAUUUUUUAAGCUCUCUGUGGCUUCUGGGGUUAUGCUCGCGUUGGAGAAUUUCUAUUACAGAAUAUUGAUUAUAGUGUCGGGGUAUUUUCACAAAACUGAGGUUGCAGUUGAUGCACUUUCCAUCUGCAUAACUAUCUUUGCCUGGGAAUCUAUGAUUCCUCUUGGAUUUCUGGCUGCAACUGGUGUACGUGUAGCAAAUGAGCUUGGUGCAGGCAAUGCAAAAGGUGCAAAAUUUGCAACCACAGUCUCAGUGUUGACCUCCUUAGUUGUUGGACAUCUGUUUUGGUCAAUAAUGAUGGGCUUCCAUGAGAAGCUUGCGAUGAUAUUUACCUCCAGCCCUUCCGUUAUUGCAAUGGUCAAUGAAUUAGCAGUCCUAUUGGCAUUCACAAUACUUGUAAAUUGCAUUCAACCAGUUCUUUCAGGGGUAGCUGUUGGAGCUGGUUGGCAGGCUGUAGUGGCUUUCAUAAACAUAGGUAGCUACUACUUAGUUGGGGUCCCUCUUGCGGUUUUCCUGGGCUGGUUGCUACCUUCUGGGAUUACGAGUAUCUGGUCUGGAAUGAUUUGCGGAACUGUGGUUCAGACAUUGAUACUAACCGUCAUCACCCUGAGAUUUGAAUGGGAAAAAGAGGCACAAAAGGCGCAGAUUCAUAUAACAAACGAGGUAGCUUCUAACAACUAACAUCAACUCAACGAAUUUGUAACUUAUGAAGCCUGAGAUGUCGUUCUAUUUAAAAUGGGAGCAGUCUGUUCAUCUAUAUAACACAUGUCAAGAUAUACACUAUGAGAUCUGGUAUUAAAAAAUAGAACAUAUUGCAUAGAACAUGGCUCAAGCUCACCCAAUAACAUUGAAUCUAGCAUAAAGCAUCGCUUGACGUGCGAGAUGAAGUAAGAAAACAGAGUGCUUAAGGGACAAGUGGCAGAUAAAUGUAGUUGCAGGGCAUCGCGGGCAGCCUUGAGUGUGACUGAUGGCUCCAGCCAUUUCAUGGGCUCCAAGAGCUAACCAUUGGCAUCAUGUUGAAGGAUCCCCAGCGAUGGCGGGCUGUUGAUGGAUCUAUCGGUGAUGAGUGCAUAUCAUCCCCUUCUCAUCAAUGCCAUUCUGGUGUCCAAGGUUAUAUUCCUUCUCAACUUUACUUACUGGAUUGAGCGUGUGGAGGAGAUAUUGUACCAUGCCUUACUUGAGAUGGCAUUGUUUUGGGCAUGAUUAGUACUGUUGUUUGAUUUAGCAUUGUGUUGUGGAGUUGUGCUUUUGUGGUUAAGUUGGUGUUCAUCUUUGGUUUUGUGUUGUUUAGCCCUGUUGUAAGAUUUGAGCUCUUGGAUUGAAGAAAUUUUACUUGUGUUA